GAGGAUAGCUGCUCGUAGAGCGGAAUAAGGAAAAGAAAAUCCAACACUGUGCGUUAGACACCGAGCAGUGGCUCGUCCCCAUAGCACUUGCCAAUUCUCUGGCUCCGCCGCUCCCUGAGGAAUAUGGCGUGAGGAAAACCAUGGAAACUAAAUGCAAAACUAUCGGGAGUUACUCGUAGUGGCGGACUCUGCUGCCACUGCCUUGAAGUUUUUGUGUGUGAGCGUGAGUGUGUGGCUUUUCCCCCUGUCGAGGGGCCCCAACGGGGGCGGCGGCUCUCUCCCCGGAGAGGUUUCACUGUCUGCCCAGCUCCAUGCAAAACCUAACGGCCCCAGGCGGCCCCGGAAACUCCAAUGUCACCUGCUCCUGCAACUGCACUGCUUCUCAGCCACAGGAAAUGGAAAUAUCUGAGCUGGAGUUUGUUCAGAUCGUCAUCAUUAUCCUGGUGAUGACAGUGAUGGUUGUGGUGAUCAUCUGCCUGCUCAACCACUACAAGCUUUCCACCUGGUCUUUAAUUACAAGGCAGAGCCAGUCCCACAGGCAGAACCAUACCCUUCAGCAGGAGGGGUGUCUGUGGCCUUCAGCAACUCGAUCGCAACAAGGUGCCUCCGAGGUAUUAUACACUCCCCAGGCCAGGGAUCGCUUCAUUGCUCCCUCCUUUAUGCAGCGUGACCGCUUCAGCCUCUCUCAGACCACCUAUCCCUACUUGCAGCACCAGAUUGACCUUCCGCCCACCAUAUCGCUGUCGGAUGGCGAGGAGCCCCCGCCAUAUCAAGGGCCCUGCACCCUGCAGCUCCGCGACUCUGAGCAGCAGAUGGAGCUCAACCGCGAGUCAGUGAGGGCGCCACCCAACAGGACCAUCUUCCACAGUGACUUGAUCGACAUGGGAGGAGGUGGGAGUCUGGGUGGCAUUGUGGUAGGAGGGAUAGGCAUGGGAGGUGGUGGUCCGAGGCCGCCCAGCAGUAAUAUGGGCUUCAGCGCAGCCAACUCAAGCAACCACGGAUGCUUGGAGGGCCCCCCACCGGCAUACAGUGAGGUGAUGUGCCACUACCCCGGCUCUGCAUUCUUUCCACACCAGCUCAUCAAUAACCCGAGGGUAGGGGGUGCAGGGACCAGGACAAUCCCGCAGCAGAGCCAAUCAGAAAGCACAUUAGUACCUACAAAGGCCAAGGAUGGCCAGCCGGAGGACCUGGUGUGACUAAAAGGCUAGCAAAGCAGGCUUGGCCACCAACCCCAGACUGAGAAAUGUCUCUCCACUUCACCCCUGAUGAUCAAUAAGUGUUCUUGCUCUCUGUCUCUCUGAUGUCCUCCUUCCACACACUCAUGCACAAACAAAUAUUAACCUUAGCUAAAACUAAACAAGGAAUGUGAGGAACAAAGACUUGAUUCAGGAUAUAUGCACUGCGUGAAGACUUUCUUAAGAAAAAAACAUAUAAGAAAGAGAUAUACUGCUAGCAUAUAUUGAAACCAUUUGCUUUAUUUGUCCCCUCGGUGAUGGAUCAAUCUUUGGGAACUGAAUAUUAUGAUUUUCAUUUUUGUUUUCUAUUUUUUAUUUUGAUUCUUUUCGUUCCUUUUUUUCCGGACCUGUGCACAAAGCGAGAACUGAGGUGAGAAUUAAGGACAUGAAGAGAACACAACAAAACCUGAGCCUCACAAACCCAAAUCUUAGUGCCAAGGUUCAUGAGGAAACAAAACAAAGGGUGGAAAUUACUCAUUAUGACAUUUCUAUGACGAGCAAGAAAAGUUGCACUAUCCUUUUGCUGUUAAAGAGAAGAUGGUAUGUGAUGAUAAUUAUUCUGAUGUUUUGUUUAGUUUUAUUUUUGUUUUCCUGGGGUUUAUUUUUGUCCUUUACAUGGAUGGACUGACUGAACUUAAGCUCCAAAGGAGCAAACAACUAAAACCAACAACAAGUAUUAUAAGCUUAAAUCCUUCCUUUGAAAACCACAAGAAAUGCUUGUACCCAGCCACUGUCGGCUGACACCACAGGCACAGCAAGACUUAGUAAGAGAAUAACCUUGUACUGCUUCAUGUCUUAGUAAACUUCAGCCUCAUGGGGAUGGAAUCUGCUGUGUAACCAGCUGCUGGCUGGACAAAACAUCUCUAAAUCCUCUUGUGGUUUGUUACAGGAUUUGAUGAUGGCUUUCCAAAGCCAGAGUAAACUAUUAGAAUGAUGAGAGCUGCUUGGUGAGACCCAUACCAUCAAGUGGUUAAUCCAGCCAGCUGGUUGGAUAUCAACCUAACCUUAAACAGCUGAACUCGAUAACAAAAUAUCUAUAUUUAUCCAUGUGCAGAAAAGGUGUGUGAAAAUGAUGACGAAGCCCUUUAAAGUAGACCGGAGUGGAGACCUUGUUUGUCAGUGUGCUUUUGCUGUCUUCUCUCUGUGUGCGAGACGUGUGUGCGUGCAGCACUGUCCUUGUUAACCAUUAUUAUUAAUUAAGCUAUUAAUUAGAAUUCAGUUGAGUGUCUCUUUAAAAAAAUCACAGAUGCACUAUGGUUAUUAACAUAGGGUGGAAGUGACCUCAGGGAUAACACUCAAACAAAGGGCACGCAGUCCUCCCACAGGCUCCAUUAAAGCUGCACAGUGAAAACAAUGUGAACUGAGCAAUGUACAAACUGAACAACUUCUGUAUGCUGGCUGUGGCUAUCAACCUCAGGACCAUUGAUUCUUACUGCAGACUUUAAUGUUAUUAAGUUGUUAUCCAUUCACUAAAACAGAUGGGUUACCAAUCUGAUUCCCACAAAUACAACCAACUUCUUUCAUGUCAUUGAUUGAGCAAACCCCUUCUGAAAAUGAAGACUUUGAUAGAUGGUGGAAGGCCCAAGGAAACUGGAGCUGUUUUUAAAGUCAAGAACACAUUUUAGGGGCUCACCAAAACUGGGUUUUAGCUCCACAUAAGCCCAUCUGCAGUUUUAAGAAGACUUUUUUCAGAGGCAGCUUACACAUGUUGUAAUUUAGACUAGUGAAUAGGCCUAUUUGGGUGUCUAUUUAUGGUAAUCAAUGGUGUUACCAAGUGCAGGACUGUCACUGAUGUGUUUUAAAUAGUUCUUCAAACAACAGUGGAGGCCAGUGAAAAAAAGGGGAUGAGACACUUGUUGAUUGGUUUUGAUGUUUGUUGUGUUUUUAACGGAUAUGCUGACCAUUACAAAAGCCUAAAAUAUCACCAGAUUUCUCCUU